UUUUAACCCAGAAUAUAAAACUGGCCAAAAAGUGUUAUACAGUAUAACUAUUAUUUUACAACCAUUUAUGUCAAAAAUUGUGAACGUGAUAAAAAUGGCACCGAAAGCGUUGUUAGUGUUGGCGCCGGGAUGUGAAGAGAUGGAAGUGGUUAUCGCGACGUCGGUGUUGAGGAGAGGGGGCAUCGGGGUAACAAUGGCCGGACUGGCGGGUAAUGUGCCGCACAAAUGCAUACUCGAGGUGUCGAUAGCGCCGGACUGCGGGCUGGAGUCAGUGCGGGACCAGACGUUUGACGCGAUUGUAUUGCCGGGAGGUUUCCCGGGAUCGGAGGGCAUGUGUGCGAGUGCUGUGUUGGGCGAUAUAUUGCGCCGACACGAGGCCUCGGGUGCCCUCAUAGCUGCCAUAUGCGCGGGCCCUCUGGCCCUCAAAGCCCACGGCAUUGGUCUUAAAAAGCGGAUCACUUCCCACCCCUACAGAGCAGAGCUCCUCAAACAGGACUAUGAAUACAGUGAGGAUAGGGUUGUGAUCGACGGCCAACUCAUCACAAGUCAAGCCCCGGGAACGGCCUUCGACUGGGCUCUCGCUAUCGUUAGGAAUCUUAUGGGCGAUGAGAAGGUGGAGGAAAUUAAGCCCCGGAUGCCUAAGGUU